GGGCACCUGUCGUGGAACGGGGCGAGGUUGUCCCAACCUGCCCCUGCCCCGCGCGCUGCGAACACACGUCGAAUGCUGCCAGUUUAUAACGUCCCUGAGGGAAAGACCGCAGACAGUUACCUAUAUUUGAAAUGUUAUGAGAAUUUAUUUCACGAUACAAAGGUCGCUUUCUCUCUCUUUUUGGAAGGAGAAAUCAAAGUAUUCAAAAUGAGCGUGUAUGUAGGUUCAUCUUUUAAUGUUGAGGAUGUCCUUAGACCUUCUACGAAAGAGGGUGGGCAUGAAGAUGUCGAGCCCAAAGUUGAGCAGCUGAUGAAUAAACUUAAAAGGCUGCAACAAGGUAAGAGAGCUAUAGAGGAGGAGGUGAAAGAGGCCCAGUCACUCAGAGACACUUUGCAGGAAGAACUCGAUGCCCUACAGACGGAAGCUUACCAACUGGAGGGAGUCCACAAAGAGAAAGAAGAGUCGUGCAUGGUGCUGCAGUUCCAGUGUGAAGAGAUGGAACAGGACUCUACCAGGCAGCAGCAGCUUAACAGGAAGAGUGAGGACCUGAUAGAACAGUACAGAUGUCAGAUCCAGGAGACUAAACUCAAACACAGGAAACACCGGAUGAAGUUUGAAAACCAGCUCCAGCAGCUGAUAGAGCAGCAUAAGAACCUGCACUCUGUCUUUAGCCCAGACAGACUGCCUGCUGAAAUAGAGAGCGUUGAAAACGCCAAGUCUCAGCUGCUGAAGGCUGAACAGCUGAAGUUGUCUCAGCUCUGCCAUCUAGAGGAGGCGCUGGAUGAGGCCAGGAGGCAGACUUCGACUGACACAGCAGACAAACACACAGACUGAACCCUGGAACUGUACACUGUAAAAACGACCACUGUGUACAAUUACAAGUAUUACCAUGGCUCAUAGUUAGAGAGGGUUCCGUGGGUAGAAGCAAAGUUGUGAAUGUUUUGUGAUUGUUCUUCUGCCCUUGAUGUUGUGUAUUGAGGUCCCCUGUUUGAUGUUGUGUAUUGAGGUCCCCUGUUUGAUGUUGUGUAUUGAGGUCCCCUGUUUGAUGUUGUGUAUUGAGGUCCCCUGUUUGAUGUUGUGUAUUGAGGUCCCCUGUUUGAUGUUGUGUAUUGAGGUCCCCCUGUUUGAUGUUGUGUAUUGAGGUCCCCUGUUUGAUGUUGUGUAUUGAGGUCCCCUGUUUGAUGUUGUGUAUUGAGGUCCCCUGUUUGAUGUUGUGUAUUGAGGUCCCCUGUUUGAUGUUGUGUAUUGAGGUCCCCCUGUUUGAUGUUGUGUAUUGAGGUCCCCUGUUUGAUGUUGUGUAUUGAGGUCCCCUGUUUGAUGUUGUGUAUUGAGGUCCCCUGUUUGAUGUUGUGUAUUGAGGUCCCCCUGUUUGAUGUUGUGUAUUGAGGUCCCCUGUUUGAUGUUGUGUAUUGAGGUCCCCUGUUUGAUGUUGUGUAUUGAGGUCCCCCUGUUUGAUGUUGUGUAUUGAGGUCCCCUGUUUGAUGUUGUGUAUUGAGGUCCCCUGUUUGAUGUUGUGUAUUGAGGUCCCCUGUUUGAUGGUGUGUAUUGAGGUCCCCCUGUUUGAUGUUGUGUAUUGAGGUCCCCUGUUUGAUGUUGUGUAUUGAGGUCCCCUGUUUGAUGUUGUGUAUUGAGGUCCCCUGUUUGAUGUUGUGUAUUGAGGUCCCCUGUUUGAUGUUGUGUAUUGAGGUCCCCUGUUUGAUGUUGUGUAUUGAGGUCCCCUGUUUGAUGGUGUGUAUUGAGGUCCCCUGUUUGAUGUUGUGUAUUGAGGUCCCCCUGUUUGAUGUUGUGUAUUGAGGUCCCCUGUUUGAUGUUGUGUAUUGAGGUCCCCUGUUUGAUGUUGUGUAUUGAGGUCCCCUGUUUGAUGUUGUGUAUUGAGGUCCCCCUGUUUGAUGUUGUGUAUUGAGGUCCCCUGUUUGAUGUUGUGUAUUGAGGUCCCCUGUUUGAUGUUGUGUAUUGAGGUCCCCUGUUUGAUGUUGUGUAUUGAGGUCCCCUGUUUGAUGUUGUGUAUUGAGGUCCCCCUGUUUGAUGUUGUGGUUCUGAAUCAUUUGUACGUCAUUCUUUAUUAAUUAUUUAUUUGCUGCUGAGCAGUCUGCUUUUAAACAGAUUAAAUACAGUUGUCUAUGCUG